AUGGCGCAACUUUUGGCUCUUUUGUUGGUUCUGUUGGUGUGCGUAAUUGUCAAUGUUCAAGGACAAGCACUGACUGACGAAAAAUUUCAGAUUGGUCAAUCGUUCGGUGAUAUUGUGGUGUCAUCGGAUCUGAGCGUUAAAAGAAAAUCUAAAGAGAAUCGCCAAGACAAAAAAAUACUGAUGAACGUGCCAUCAGGAACCACAGGACCUGGCAAACCUACGGAAAUGGCUUUUAGGCUCGUGUCCAGUGACGGCAGUCGGAUCAAAGACGUACCGAACAAACGGCAACGACGUACAACUCAAUGGGCACUAGAACACUGGAUACUUAAUUCUGAAAAUCAAUCUCGGUGA